UCCAUUUCCUUUUUCCUUCAUUUAUCCGUUGGCUUCCGUCCCUAGUCCGCGACGGUCACAAAAAAGGAAGACAGCCGGGUAAAAAAAAAAGCAAAUUGUAAUAAAUAAAAAAACGUAGUGAAUCUGAAAUAAAACUCGUUUUGACAUAAUGGAAGGAUCGCUCCGCGUUUCUGCUUUGGCAGAAUACAAAUCGAAGAGAUACUCCAAGGGAAAUCUCCUUCGGAAACUGUACAACAGAGAGGUAUUUGGCCAAUUUAUUCAUGGCGUAUCCAUUCACCAUGAGCCGACAAAGCAGUUAUUUUCAAAAGUGCCCAAUCAUCUUAUAUUUGGCCUGUGCGACACCAUACCGGAUGCAGGAAAACAUAUACUCAUCGGAGUGACACGAUGCGGGCAGAUCCUCCUCACUUAUUCAUUCAGGGUGUACAGCUCGUUUUUCUCUUCAUCUUCCGUGUACAGCUACACCCUCCACUUCUGGCUUUUCCGACCGGGACAGCUUUCGGACAUGAUAGGCGAGGUGCAGCUUUUUGAUGGUGCUCAAGUCGAGGAAAUGCUAACGAUAGGCAUCGCCCAAUGGCCUCAUGACAACACAAGGGUCUUAGUGUUUGGAAGUUAUCAAGAGUCGAACAGUGUUCAUGAUUUGAGAAGCGAUGUUGAGUUUAAAAGCUCAACUUAUAUCACACUGACGACACUCCCAUCGCUGCAAGGCUGUGACAAAUGCAAACCAGUAGCCUCCACAUUCAGCGAAGAAGAGAUGAUGGCGGAUGGGGAUGUGAGUGUCGGCCCGACUUGUUUCAACCACGGGCUCACGAUUCACACCUACUUCUCCGCCCCUCAUUUCUACACUUUCGAUCCGGAGACGUGCCUCGCUUCAGACGGCAGGAUUGUCUUCAACACAGGCUCCUUCCUCCACGUCCUUUCGAUGAGAGUGGAAAACGGCCUCGAAACAUCUACUCAUGACAGCUCGACUGCUUUUGAAAACAGGCUCACGUUUUCCUUUUUGAGACGGCACAAAUAUUCCAUUUUCAUGAGUGACAACUGGGAUUGCAACAUGAUACAGCUCCUCAUCAAAAAACUCCGUCGGGGCCUCCAUACUGACAAAAGCCAGUUGAAUGUUUACCUGCAAUAUGCCCUUGAGAGACAUCUCUUAAGGCGCAGUGAUAUGAAAUGUAAAUUUAGCACGGAUAAAGGUUUGUCUUGUGGACAACUUGCUGUGACGCUGUUGGACGCCAAUAACCCAAAACGUAAAUUUUUCACCUUAUAUAAUCAUAAGGUGAAACGAACGUAUUCGUCAUCGAACAAAAAAGAUAAGUUCGAUUUUGUGAAGUUGCUUGAGGAUGAUGAAGGCAAGCCAUCGGCAAUACCAACGUCUGUCCCUUCCCGAAAGAAGGAAGAAAAUGUGAAGAAGCGCACCAAAGUCGUGUCCCUUUUCCUGUCUGGUCUCGGCAAGGGCGCCUUCAGCAGGAGGAAGUCGAACCGUCGCACCACAAGACACAACCACCCAUCCAACGAAGCCGAACUCACAGGUGAAAUGAUCAUGGAGAACAAGACAGGCUUGGGACACCAGCCCGUCAGCGGAUGCACUGUUGUACUCGACAGGAGGUUUGCUGAUCACGAUUCUUCAUCACAAAUAGAAGGUGAUGAGCCAGAUGCUCAUUGUACUCUCCCUAUAUCGGCCCAUGGAUCGAGGCGUAUGACGAUGAUAUCUGACCACGUCAAUAGUCUGCCAAGCCCUUUGGUCCUGGUCCGCCAGAACAGCCUUGACGCUGAGCAACUCGCAUUCAAAGCUGCCACAGCGAUUUGCAAGAUGGAAGGUUGUAAAUUUUGGUUCUACAGCGACUACAGGAAUGAAAUUGUCAAAGUGUGCCAGGCCACGGGCGAAGUAUUCGCUCUGCUUUUUAUUCGGCUCAACGUAGAUUAUUUUCCAAUCACUUCAAAAAGGAAUAAAGCAGACUUGCACAAUUUUUACGAGACAUCGUGCCUGUAUAUAUGGAACCCAACAGACGGCAUCGUAUACCUUCAAGGCUACAGCGACCUUGAGAUAGCGCCGACGGCCAAUGACAGACCUUGGCGUCCUGCUAGAAAGAAUGCGAGUGUGCUUAAGAAGACCCUGAACCUGUUGCCAGCUCAUGCGCCAAGAUUGUUUAUUCACGACAUUAAAACAGGAACUCUGAGUCCGCCGGCAGACCGCAUCUUGGACCGCGACAAUCUUAUAGGGUUCCGCCUUCAUCCCAGUUAGCAUUUUUACAAUGAUCUCCUCAAUUGAAUGGUUGACGUUUCCUUACACAUUUCCCUGUACUGGGAGGGUUGGUUUAACGGUUCAUAUCCACCUUUCACUGUGAAAAGGUCUCUUUCUAUUUUAUUUCAAUUUGUGAAAAGUGUUGAUAUUUUUCAAUGUAUCCUGAUCACCGGUAUACAUGGAAUAUUUCUCAUCAAUUUGAUUGCAUCAUCAAAACAAAAAGAGUUUCAGAAGUAACAAGAAUGAUUUAAUCAGCCGUACGUUUUUUUUUUUUUAAAUCCCUGCUCACUGUAAUCUUCAAAGCCAAAGUUUCAUUGGUUCUUUCUUUCUCCAGGAAGUGUGAUUCUGAAAGACGGCUUAACUCGGAAAUGAUGAUGACCAUUGGGAGGAUGAAAAUGCGUUUUCAUCACACCACCACUUGUUGACGAACUAACUGAUGAAGAUGGUGGAGAUGAGGACAGCGGAGGUUUCAUAAAUAAUUCGAUCACAAUCAGUCGGUGAGUGGUGCAGAAGCAGUUUUGCCUAAUAAUGUACAUAUUGGCCCCUCAAAAUACAAUUUUUCUGGAUAUUCUGAAAAUAGAGAGGAGCGGGUUUGGAUAGAUGGAGAUCUAUUUGAUCCCAUUAAAAAAAAUAAAAA